AAAGACCUACUUGCUUUACCUUUUUCAGUCAACUGCAAUAUUACUUGAGCCCAAAUCUCCCAAACUCGUGGAAAGUUAACCCACUCCACGACGAAUCAACCAAACGAAAUCGCCGGCCAGCUCUCAACACCUUCUACGGCGAGAGCGAGCAUACUUGGAGUGGAAUCACAGCCGCUGCCUCCGUCCAGAGCAAGGUAGCCGCGAGUCCGGCCUCUGACCCACCGGACUGAUCUCCGUUCGCCGUUUCUUCUACGACGCAUAUUCCCGCUGCAUAAAUGGGAGCAUUUUCGACGGGAUGAAGAUGGAUAUGGUGAGCUUUGGCGAGGAGCUCUUGGUUUCUGGUUCUAGGGAUGAGCAGCUGAUUGGUGCGAGGAUAUUGUUAAGGUUUGCGGAUCAGGCGAUGAGGAGGAUUGGGAUGUCGGUGGUGGUGAUGGAGAGGUUGGUGGAGAUGUUGAAUUGGAGGAGUUCGGGUGAGGAUGAGAUACGGACGGCGGCGGUGCUGGUGUCAAAAUUGGCCGGGAUGAAACGGAAUGGGAUUAGGGUGAAGGGGAUCACCGGGGCAAUAGAGUCCAUUGCAUCGCUGUUGUAUAAUGAAAAUUAUGUGAGGCCAGAGCAGGAGAAAACGCAUCAGCAAACUACGGCAGAUCGGCCGGAAACUAAUCACUACCACACAUUCAACCUUAUCGGCCUCCUCAUCCUCAAGAAUCUCGCAAAAGAUUCCGACAACUGCGCAAAGAUCGGCAAAACCAAAAACUUCAUCCCCAAAAUCAUCGACUUCACCACUGCCAUGAUCCCAAAGCUCCGCCAACGAAACCCCAUUGCCGGCACCGAUCCAGAAAUUCAGGCCGCAAAACGAGCCCUCCAAGUAAUCAAACUGCUCGCCGGCGCCACCGGCCGCACCGGCGAGACUCUCCGAAGAGAGAUUUCGGAAAUCGUCUUCACAAUCGGCGAGACUCUCCGAAGAGAGAUCCUCAAACACUGCCGCGAGGAUGAGAUUUUGAAGCCGUCGCGGAAGCUUGGGCUCGAGAUUAUUACUUACCUGGCGAUGGAUGAGGCGGCGAGGAGGAGGAAUGAUGAGAGAGCUUAUGAAGAUCUUUUUAGAUUGCGGUGGGCUGGAUGGCCAGGUGAGGGUGGAGGCGGGGGAUGCAUUGGCGAUGCUUGUGGUAGACAGCGGGAGGAAUUGUGGAAGAGUUCCGAGUGCUGCAGAAAAUGUGGUAGUGUGGCUGGUGGAGGAAGCUGGUAAUACAAAAAUAUGAUUAUCCAAUAAUUACAACUCCAAGUGUAAGAAGAAAUGUGAUGGAGCUAUCAAUUUGGUUGAUGCAACUUAAUGAGAAGUACACCACUUUAUUUAGAAACCAUGAGAUGGAAAAAGAGAUUCAACAUGUUGCUGAGACUACUUCAGAUGUUGAAUGUUUUCCAUCUCAUA